GAGACACCUCACACUCUAAAUUUUUUAAGAAUAAAACAAAUAUAAAUUUCAAAUAAAUUAAUCUUAAAAAUAUAUAACUAAAUUUUAAAAAAUAUAAAAUAAAAAAAUAAAAAGUUUUAUUUAAAAUGCUAGUGAAUUGGGCAAAUUGGCGGCAGCCUAACGGCAAUACAUGUAAUUACAAUUACAACUUUCAGUUACCGUCACUUCAUCCUCAUUGUAAUUAUAUCCCUGUAGGUUAUCCCAAUCUCACUUCCACGUGGCUCGCACAAUUAUUUCAAGUCCAACAAAGCAUCAUAGCAAAUUAUCAAAAAAACUUUAAAAACACCAACAUCAGCAGCAACAAACUUGAGCCAGUCAUCAUCCAAGAAAUUCCAAGUAAGAUAACUAGUGAUAAUAAAGAUAAUCAGACUCAGACAAUGGAUCCUAAAAAAUUUGUAGUCGAGACGCGAUUUAAUGCAUUUGCUGUUAAUUUUAAAAACGUUAAUGGAAUCAGCGAAGAUCAAGUGCGUGAAGUAUUUUCCGUUUACGGUAAAAUAAAACGAAUUGCGCAAACAGGUGACGCUUAUGGUCUUUGUUUUGUUAAUUUUGAAAAUGAAGAUGAUGCUGUUAAGUCUGUAGUUGGUGUUAAAAAUCAUCCUGAUAUCAGAUUACGGGAAGCCAGAUUUACAACAGAUCGUUCUAAAAAACAAACUGAUAAUUCAUCGCGUGAUUUUUCAUUUAGUAAUUUAAAUGGAAACAACGGCAAUACUAAUACCAGUAACGGAUUCAACACAAAUACCAACAAUAAUUAUUCAAAUGGAAGUGCAAGUAAAUCAAUUGAACCGGUUGUUGACAAAAAAUUAUUUAAACCAGAUGAAUUAGUAACAGAAACUAAAAAUGAACAGGAAUCAGUUGACCUGUCACCUGGUAACAAUGCAAGCGAAAGUGAACAAAGAAACAUUUCGAUGUCACAUGAUACGCAAACUUUACCAGUCGCAAUAGAAUCAAGUGAAACUUUAAAUAACUCAAAACAAGUAACUGAAGAUGAUGUGCGUUCAAAUGCUUCAAUUAAAUCUCAAGUACAAAUCCCAGAAUUGGUUGCGAAAAUCACAAAGUUAUCAAGAGGCAGCAGCAGUUCCAUGGAGAAUGAGUUCACGUUCCCCAAGAUGCCGAUUGAGAAGAUGGCGCAGGAGAUUCUGGUGGCCAACAUCGAAGAGGGAGUCAACAUUCAUGCUAUUCUACAAUUAUUAGAAAAGUAUCAUCCGUUUGCGGCAACUGAUAUUCAAAAAUAUGUUCCAAGUAAUUUGCGUUACUGUUAUAUUUAUUUUACUUCACAGCAACGGGCUCAAGCUGUGGAAUCUGAGUUUAAUAACUGCGUUCUUAUGGAUAAACAAUUACUUGUUGUCAGAGCUAAUAACUUGGUAAAUGUUUAUGCUUAGUAUUAUUAAUAUUUUCAUAUCUAAUUAAUAAAAUAAUAAGUUAAUAUAAGUUAUAAUCAGUAAGAGAUAGACAUAUAUUUUUAAUAUUUAUAUGGGAAAUAUUUUAUAUGAAGAACAAAUGUAUAUGUAUUUUAUUUACUUAAAACGUUACUGAGAUUACGAGUAUGAAAAAGUAUUUUUUCCUAAAGUAAUUAGUUACUGUUAUGAUUAAAAAAAGCAGAGUUACAGUUUACCUUGUUGCUUGAAGCCAAAAAUAUAUAACCUUAUAUAUUAUUUAGUAGAAGUUAUAAACAGAAAAAAAGAAUUUUUUGGUGCAUGAAAAAUUUUUUGGUAUAAAAUGAAAACACAAAUUUUCUUAGGACUAGAAAAAUUUUUUCUCACCUCAAGAAAAUUUUAGUUUUCAAUUGAAAAAGAAAAAAAUUCCUUGAGGCGAGUAAAAAAUUUUGUGCAAAGAAAUCUUUUUUUUUUUUAUGUACCUGAAGAUUGGAACGUUUUUCGCGAAAUGAAAAUGAAAAAAAUUUAUGUAAUUUUACUUUAAAGGUGACGAGGGGUAGUUAUGAGUGGCCUGCAAUUUUCGGCUAACGUGCGAAACAUUUCAGAAAUCUAGAUCUGGUAGAUUUUUCACUUUUCAUUUCGUUUUUUUAUUUUCGAUACGAGAACAACUUUCCGAUCUUCAGGUACAUUUUUUUUUAAAUAUUAAGUAAAAUGAUGAAUGAUUAUCAUAAUAUAAUUUCUUUUUUUUUUUUUUUCGAAGAAUACUACUAUUAAUUCUUCAUAUAUUUAUCAAAUAAAUUGUCUCAACUAAAAUAAUAAUAGAUAUUAAAAAAGGGCUUAUUUAAACUUUUGAAAUAAUUUAAAGCGAUCGAUUAAAAUUAUUAAUUAUUAUGUUGACUAAAAAAACUUAUGAACCAAAAAUUAAAUUAAUUUGAUUUACAUUUAUAGUAUGAUAAAUAUAGUCAUAUAUAUAUACAUACAUACAUAUUAUUUGAUAUAUUUGUUUAUUUGAAGUAAGAUUAUUGUUUAAAUAAAAAUAAUUUUUUUUACUCACUGGACAUGAUUAGAUUAAAUUUAAUAUGCAAUUUAAAUAUUUAAAUUUAAAGCUCAUCAAGUU